AUCCCUUCUUUAAGUCCCAUGUAACAGCAGCAGAUAGGAGGGACUAGUGGGAUUGUUGUUGAGGGUGAGCGUUUUUACCACUAUGGAGUUGCACAUCUUGGAGCAUAGGUUGAAAGUUACAAGCAUUGCGAAGCCUGGGUUGCAUUACUACACGCAUUCGCUGAUUAAACUGGCUUUCUUACGUGACCGUAGCAGAUGUAAAUUCUUCAGUCUAACAGAAACGCCUGAUGAUUAUACGGUUGUACUGGAUGAGGAAGGAUAUAAAGAACUGCCACCAUCGGAAUAUCUGCAAGUUGUGGACACCAUCUGGCUGGCACUGAAUGUGGUAUUCCAUGGUAUCUCUGCAAACAGUUCUCAGAUAGUGGGAGUGACAAAGAUUGCAAAGUCUGUUAUUGCACCGCUAGCAGAGCAUGGGGUCUCUGUAUUCCUUUUGUCAACAUAUCAAACAGAUUUUAUUAUGAUUCAGGAAAAGGACUUCCCUGUGGUAAUAUGCACAUUGUCUGAAGAGUUCACUGUUUACAGAGAAGAAAGUGGGGAGUCUGUUCCAGUUUAUAGCAGAGUUAACAGUAAUGGUUUCUUUGAAGAUGUGCUUGUGAAGUCUGAGACAAUGCACCCUAUCUCGAGCCCACAGAACCAGUUCUGUGUGAUGAGUCUGGACCCCUGUUCUCUGUCUAGUGUGGCAACUGUUCUUAUUGAUGUCAUGUUCUACUCGGGCAGUGAGGGAAGAGAAGGUGUGCUCGAUCAGAAUUCGGAUCUCAUCAAGUUCUUUUCCUUUUCUCUUAUUGAUGGAUAUAUAUCCAUUGUUAUGGAUGCUGAAUUACAGAAAAAAUUUCCUGUUGAUGUCCUGCUGACUAGUUCCACAGGGGAACUAUGGAGGAUGGUACGAAUCGGAGGACAGCCUCUAGGCUUUGAGGAGUGCGGAAUAGUAGCUCAGAUCUCCAGACCUUUGGCAGAUGCCGAUAUUUCAGCUUACUACAUCAGCACCUUUAAAUUCGAUCAUGCUCUGGUACCAGAAGAAGACAUUGACCUUGUUGUUAAUACAUUAAUGAAUCGACAGGAGAUGGGUAGAUAGUCGUGCCACUGUAGUAACCCUUACCAACAGCAAUUUCAAGACUGUGCUAAAAUGAAGAAAUAAUAUAAUUGUUUACAAAUGAAACAAGCCUGUCUUUAGUAUAAGAGAGCAAGAAUGUUUACAGUAACAGAAUUGUUUGCAGUUAAUGGUUUUGUAAAGUGGGAUUUGACUGUCUUUCAGUUCUGUGGAGAGAUGUAUUCAGAGAGGUUCAAAACUUCUCCCAGCUUGAAUCAUACAUGAAGCUAAUGAUAUAAUUUGAAAAUUAAUUAUAUUUUUUCUGGGAUACAGAUAACUCUGAGCCUAGAAGUGAUAUUUAACAGCAUGGCUAAGCUGCAAAAAGUGUGGGGAAAAUUCAUGUGGCUUUUCUUCCACUGUAGAUCUUAUGGCAAGUUGCAGUAACAUAACCAAUGUUAUUUUGGGUAGGACCACAGCAACGUUUCAAGCAUGAUUAAAGAAUUGAUGUCAGCAUUAUGUACCACAGCUGACCCUGUGAUCUUGUAAAACAGUAGUUCAUUACCUUAGUGUUUUUAUUUACUGUACACUGUCUUGCCAACACAGAUGGCAUAAGAUGGGGCUGAAGUCCUUCAUUUUUUCCCCACUACAUACUAUCUGUCAACCUAUGUCAUGCUUUGGAAAGACUGAAUUUAAUAGUUUCUGAACUGCUCCAAUAUCUCUUUGUAUUCUUACGGAAUCCUGAAAUCAGCAACUUUCCCUGCAAGUGCUUUGUCACCCUACGUAUUCUCCUAUGAGUUAGGAUGCAGGAGCUUGUCUGGUGUAACACACACAGUUAUCAUACCUGCUGCUUAGUGUCAGUCUCUGUGCAGAUUGCACUUGACCUGUUAAUUUUUACAUCAUGCCAAAGUGCAGCUGAUUUCUCUUGCUCUUCCAUUACAAGCAUUUAGUUAUUUUUAACAAGGUAAGGAUUAGCAGAGAAGCCAACUGUUAUCUCUCUCCUCAUGCUGAAAGUCAGUUUUGGCCAGCCUCACAGUUCUUUAUCUGAAGCAACCUAUUUCAAUUUUUAGUUGAGGCAUAGCAAACUACUAGAUGGCUGUUUGGCAUUGCCGACUCUUAACAGUUAUUUUGUACUUUAAACCUUCUGAUUUUUGCUUCCUCUUAGAUAACUAUCUCUCUUAGGAGAAGUAUCAGCAAAUAGUUCAGGUUGACCCUCAAGACUCUGGGCGGUCUCUUUGGGGAUUCUCAUUGUCAGGUUCAUCAGCUCUGGACUUUGUCUUGGAUGUUUUUGUAUCAUAGCUGUUCUAUAUAAAUAGCCAACUCCAUGCAUACUGCUUUACAGCCUUUGUUUCUUCAGCUAUUGCAAGAUCAUUUCAGUUUCCAUUGACACUUUAUCUGUUUGCCCAGCCAUUGUCAGAAAAACUGAAUUUUAUCUCCAUGUUCAGGAUUGAAGUGUGCCAGUACUGCUAAACAAAUAGGGUUGUCAUAUGCCAUGGCCAUUUUUACUCUGCUAGUAAUGUUGUCAACUUCAUUUCAAUUCCAUAGCAUAGUGUAGUUCCCACCAGUGUAAGAUAGUGCCCAGAUGGAUGGUGAUCAUCUUUUUUUUUUAAUUUUUGGUGGUCAUUCUGAUCAGGUCUCACCAACAGUGAUAGGUACACCUAUAAGGAAUUCAUUUUUAGAAGGCUUCUUGGUCAUGCGCAGUUGGCAGUGAAUGGGCCCAGUGUAGCCAUCUGCUCUGUUUGGUACCUGACUGAUUCAAAAUGUGUCAGGAUCAUUUCAUGUUUUUAAUAAUUUAAUUCUGAAUACCUAGGCUGUAGUGCCACCCCAAACCAGUUUCACUGGUUUUGAUAUGAAUAGUUUUUGUUAAGCUGUGAAAACUUCCUAUCAUCUUUUCAUACCUAAACAGGUUACUUAAUGAUUUCAUGGGUCCAUCUGAAGACCACCUUUUCAGAGCAUCUGAGAUGUUUACCACAGGAAUGGGAGCCUUGCACAUUAAACUGCUUCUUGAAGAUGCAUUUUUUGGCUGCUUUGAGAAUUAUCCCAAUCAUUUUGUUAUAGUUCUACUUAUUGAUCUACCUGUGCAUAAAUCCUGAAUCGCUGGAUGUAGUGGCAGUAAAGAUCUUUUCUUGCAAGGUGGACUCCCUCCCCUUCUGGGAUGGGACUGUGGCAUAUUCAGACAUGCUCUGGGGUUUUAUGUAAUGAUAUAUGGAGCUCUGUCCUACACAUGCCUUGGCCAAUUUAAAACCAGCAAUAUGAAUACUCAUUACCAUUGUUUAGUAUUGUUUGAAUGAGUUGUAUAAUCACUAACAGAAUUGGGGACACUAACCUAUGCAGAGCCGCACCUGGUGAAGAUUCUAGACAAUUUUCCCAGUGUCCAGUCUAGACAGGUUUGACUUGCUUUCCUGUUCAGUCCCUGAAGGGAAGUUAGCCUCAUACCCUCCCAGGUGGCUUAUACUUUCUACUGACCAAGGGAGUAUUGGCUUUAAUACGGAAAGGAUGUAGCCUAGAGUUGGUUGGACUGUCCCUGCUAGUCUCAAGCUGGUAUACUGCUGUCCCAAGAGCUCUGGCAAGACUUUCAAUGCAUCCUGAAAGUGCCAAAUUUAUAGAUAUAGUCAGGAAUUCUACUCGUAGGGAGAUGGCCUUCAUGCAAUCACACAUCUCAGUCCAUUUAUCUAAGAACUGCCCUUCAAGGUGGUCUUUACACCUUACUUCUCAUCUGUCCGGAAUUUCUCACUGUCCUGAUUUUUUUCUCUUGUUUUUGAUCUGUUCCCCAUUAAUUUUUUUUUGGCAAGUGGUUGAGGAUUGAAAUAACUAAAUGAGACAUUUGAAUUUCAGAUUUUUUAGCCUUUAGAAAAUCCAUGCUAAUGCUAAACCUGUUGUGUGGCCAUGUUUGUAAUAGCAGUAUUUAAAAUUUGUUCCUGAUUUUGCUGUGACAGUACUCUGAAAAUUGUGGGGAAAAAUGCACCAUCCACCUUUAGGAGUAUUUUCUCUCCGUGUCUGUGGGGUAGACACCGGGUGCAAUGUCCACACUAUUUCCAGACAUUCCACACUGGAUAAUUAGUCCAAGAGCAAGGCUGGCGUUACCACUACACCUAUAAGCCGUAUCAGCCUGCUUAUACAUGGAACUCGAUUUAGCUAGAAAUUUCCUAAGCUGCUCCAAAAGUCAAUUUAAAUCUUCAUAAACCUCAAGUGGCUCCAGUUUGGGAUUGUUCUUGUAUUUUACAGAAGCUGAUUUGCCAUUGUUUGAAUCUAUAGAUUUGAUUUGAAUUUUAUUGGAGGACUUUUUUUAGGGACUUUCACAUUUGAAGGAUGACUUACAGGUCUGUUUUUAUACAAGUUAAUUUGAGAUUCCACUUAUUCACUUCGUUUCAAAGUGAAGAAGGCUUUCCACUGUUCAGAUGUCCAUAACAUGUUAGCUGGUUUUGACCUGUGCAUAUAACAAAUGGACCAUUUUUCUCAUGAAUGAAGUAGUAUCUUAGUCUUAUAAACAGACCUGUUCCAAGUUAUUUCCCAAGUAUAAUAUUUUGUCAAAAAUACAACCAAAAAUUUUCUGGAGAGAUUGUUAGCUGCUGAGCAGCAUACUAUCAGAAGUUGCACUGCAUUCCUUUGAACACUGUCAUGACAUGCCGAGUUGAAGCUUACUUCAUUCUUUAAAUUGUGUAGACGUUAAAAGAGCUCCAGGAUGUGACUUCCUAUCCCCUUCCCAUAAACUGAAUUUCAUUAGAGGUCAGGCAGAACAUAAUAUAUCAUAUGUGAGCCUUUUUGCAGCAGCAAACUACUCCUUCAGCAUAAUAGCACAUUUCUCAGUGUGUGUGCUAGUGGUGAGAAUCUCACAUCUGUGUGAGAAAAUAACAAUGUAUAUGGGUUAGUGCACUCAUCAGUAGGUGGACUUUGCAGAGAAAAUGUGCUCAUUUCUAUGGACACUGAUGUUUUGUAUUCUCUUCUGGUUUCUGCCUCUGUUGUGGUUGCAGUGAACCACUCUGACCACUGGUAUUCUGUUUACUUGAAAAUUUAUCCAAAAACCCAGUUUAUAAUGAAAACUUUGACAGAGUUCAGCAAGAGCAGGAGAACACUUGUAGUUCCGGUGUUCAUAUACCUCUUGUUCUUAAGAGAUGUACUGCAACCCUUCAGAGUCUUUCUCUUAGUGGUCAUGACCUCUCAUUUUCUAGUGAAACACAAGGUGAUCCAAUAAUAAAUGGAGAGAAUUCCUCAUGGGAGAGGGUUUCUCCAUUUUUGCAUUUCAUUCCUUUGAACAGUCAUAAUUUGAUUCUGUGAAAUGUGUUAGAAGCCUUGUAUUUUUCAAAGGGAGUAGGCAUUAGUUUGAUGAAUCCUAAAGGUGUUCAUAACCUGUGUGGUCACUCGAGUGUUCUCAGGCGGUAAUUGUCUGUCACCAUUGAGUGAAUAUUAAAAUUCUCCUUUGGGUCUGUUUCUUAGUCUGAAAAACAAAGAACCUCAGAGAAGUGGAUUGUGUUUGCAUCAUCACUAAAUGCAGAUGAAGUGCACCAAGCUCUGCAAUGCCCUUCUGUGUGAUUAGCUUGUUACAUCAAAUUGGGAGUCUUUGUGAAGAGGGGUACAUUGACAUUACACUGUAAUAGUAUCUCUCUGGAUGGCUCAUGAGGCUUUGUCGUGUAACUUCUUAAUCUGCAGUCUGGAUUUCUGAUAUACAAUAUACAUGAGAUGUAGCUUCCAGGAGCAGGAAUGCACACUACCAAAUCCUGCCACAGUAAAACCCAUUUAACCCCUUGGGAUUCGUCUUUGCUUGUAAAGAAUUCUGUAUUUGGCCUUUGUUUUGAUAUCUCCAUAAGGUUGGCAGAAAAGGCCAUCAUAGUGUGGAGUUUUUAAGAGUAUCCUGUUACCGGUGCUAUGUCAGUCUUCCCAUUUUUCUCUCUCUUUGUUUUCUGCUACCAGCAGGGAGGACCACUUCCUGAUGAUGUCAUCCUUAAGUGCCACCCACCGUGUGGUAGUAUCGUGCUGGAAAUGUUUUGCUGCUGGUUGUAAUGCAUGAAAUUUAUCAUCCUUAUUUUGUAUUACUUGUCAUAAGUGAGGGCAAGUCUUGUAUAACAUCGGCUAGUGAAGUGCAUUCUUUAGAAAGAGUUCAGUCUCCCUAAGAGUGCGUCUAGCACUUAUUACUACAAUGCACAUUUCACAUUUUGGGACUUUGUUCAUUUCAUGAGAAGUGUAGCUUAUUAAUAAUCUACAGACUGGUAUUCUGUGAGUCUCACAACAUCAUGUGAAUUCCUUUCUUUCUGAUAGAAAGUUGGUCAUACAGGACUUUCUUUUAAUUGAAAACACUCCCAUCUCUGUAGAGCAGAGAUAAUGUACGAUUUUCAUGACACUACGUCCUUAAGACUGUCAUAAUGCAGUUUUGGAUGGAUUUUUAUCAGGUACCAAAAUUUCAUUCAUAUAUUUUGUCAGUAUUUUUUGUAAUGUGUUGUGCUUGAAAAGCCAAUUUUUUUCAAAAUAAAAGUUUAAUUUGUGUUGUCAUUGA